AUGGCUCUUGCUGCAAGUAGUUUCAUGCAAAUGCCACUGCUGCGAAAGUCCAACUCCAGCGCACAAAACCCUACGACGUUAACCAUAGCAUACGCUUGCAACAAUAAUAAUGCAAAGGAAGCAGAAAGAAAUGUGAGUGCUCCAGAAACCGAAAGAAGAAACGAAGGAGGGAAAGAAAGUGAUACACAAACAAGUAGUGUAAGGUUAUUCAAAAGCCCAACAACAGAAAGAAGAGGAAUUUUUCCACAAACGAACAGUGUAAGGUUAUUCAGAAGCACAAAAACUUCUACAAACGAAAAGAAAACACGAGGAGGGAGAGGAUAUGAUCCACAUAGAAAUUAA